UAAAGUUCACCACUGAAGAGUAAAUUUGCCUUAGUCACCGUUGAGAGGCUUAACUGUUUCCUAGAUGAAGACAGAGAGGAAGAGGAUGAAAAGAGAGAGAGGGAGAAGGAAUCAGUUUGUUCUGGCAAGCAAGCAAGCAACAGCAUUGUGAAUGGACAGAAGGAAAAAAGAGCCGCGAGGAGCGAAGGAAAGAAAAAAGGCUGUGUCUCCUGAUGACUCCAUGACCUCCACACGGAUCUCCACCCGUGGCCUGCCCUCCAUGGCCUCCAUCAGCAGCGCCACUUCCGAUGCCCGCUUCCAUUUCAAAUGGAGGGCCAUCACAAUGGUAACCAUGCUAGUCCUAGGCCUACUACUCUAUCUGCACCAGACAGCAGGGGGCGCCACAGAUGACUCGCAGCACUUUACACAGCAUCGCAGCAGCAACAAUGAUGCAAGGUUACGACGUCUGAACCGUGACACCAAGGAAUGGUGUAACAUGCCUUACAAUGAUACCUACCCACUAACGCCUCCGGAACACACGGCCAAUGGCCUCCGCUACCGCAUCGGCGUGAUCGCAGACUUGGACACAAACUCACACAAAAAAAUCCACAACACUUGGUUCAGCUACAUGCGGAGAGGCUACGUGCUGGUGUCAGACAGCGGGGACAGUGUGGCUGUGGAGUGGGACCCAGACACAGUGGUGCUAGAAAGCCACUUGGCCGAGAAAGGGCGGGGCAUGGAACUUUCUGACCUGGUGGCCUUUAACGGGCAGCUGUACAGUGUGGACGAUCGCACAGGUGUGGUGUUCCGGAUCGAGGGCAACAAGGCCGUGCCAUGGGUCAUCCUGCCUGAUGGAGAUGGCACCGUUUCCAAAGGCUUUAAGGCAGAGUGGAUGGCGGUGAAGGAUGAGCACCUGUAUGUUGGUGGGCUGGGGAAGGAGUGGACAACCACGACAGGCGAGUUUGUGAACAACAACCCGGAGUGGGUAAAAGUUAUCGGCUUCCGUGGAGACGUGCGGCAUGAGAACUGGGUGCCCCACUACAGCGCCCUGCGGAUCGCCGCAGGCAUCAAACCUCCUGGUUAUCUAAUCCACGAGUCUGCAGCAUGGAGCGACCGUCUGCAGCGCUGGUUUUUUCUGCCCCGCCGAGCCAGCUCCGAGCGCUACGACGAGACAGCAGACGAACGUCGUGCCACCAACCUGGUGCUCAGCUGCCCGACCGAUUUCAGUCAGGUCUCUGUGUCCCAUGCUGGACCACUGUUGCCCACCCACGGCUUCUCUUCUUUCAGGUUCAUCCCUGAAACGGACGACCAGAUCGUGCUGGCGUUGAAGUCCGAAGAGGACGCAGGCACCAUCGCCACCUACAUCACGGCCUUCACAUUGGACGGUCGCAUCCUGCUGCCUGAGACAAAGAUCGGAGACGUGAAGUACGAGGGUCUGGAGUUCAUCUAGACAAGCCUAUUUCCUGCCAGCUCAGCUGGCGAGAGGGGACAGAGGGGAUCUUGGUGCUGAACCGUCCAUGAUCAGUGCAAUGUUGUAGAAAUGUCAUGAACAGAUUAGAGGGGGGUAUUUCAGGAACCAGGAAUUCUUAGCCAGAUAACCUAAGCCCUGUUUGACAGGAGGAGUGAGGAUAAGCGAUAUUGCAAAGGUAUAUCAUGAUACUUGAGGACAUUUUCACAGUACACAAUGUGCAUCAUGCUG